AUGUUCCCACAGAAGCAUGCAUUCUCGUAUUCCUACUUGUUCGUGGGUGUCCCUGUGGAUGUCCGUGGACGCAUCAGCCGGGCUCUGUCAGUUGACAGUCCAACGCCCGGCUGGUUUGACGUACAGUCAGCCGACUAUCUUUCCAGGGGCACGGCACGUCAAGGGAUGACCGAAAAGCUCAAGCGCUAUCUGCAAACGCAAGGCGUCACCGAUCGAGAGUACUCCUUCGCCUAUCUGGUGACUGCUCCUCGUUUUGUAGGGUACAGCUUCAACCCCGUCUCCUUCUGGUACUUGUACGACUCUGACGCAAUGCUCAAAUUUAUGAUACUGGAAGUGAACAAUACCUUUGACGAGAGACGUGUGUAUCUCUUGAAGCCGGAUCGCGAGGGGGCCUGCGACGCUGGACAGACCGUAUUCACUGAGACGUUCGACAAGGACUUUCAUGUCUCCCCAUUCAACAGCAGGAAAGGCUCCUACUCUUUGCGGGCCAUAGAUCCGCUGGCAGCCUUUGAACGGACUGGCCGGUACUCAUUCGACAAUACCAUUGUACUACGGUCUUCGAAAGAGAGUGCGAAGAUCGUUGCACGUGUGUACUCUGAAGGUACGCCACAAGAUGCUACCACUAUUUCACGAUUCGAGCUCUUCCGCUUCAUCGCGUCUUGGUGGUGGGUUGGCUUCGUCACAUUCCCUCGAAUCGUCUGGCAGGCGCGAACACUCUUCUUCCAAAAGAAGCUCCACGUGUGGUAUCGACCGGAAGUGACUGAUACGAGUGUCGGAAGGACGUACACCACAGACGAAGUGGUGCUUGAGGAGUACUUCCAAGCAUUCCUCAAGGAUGCAGUCUCUCACUGCGAGAAGCCUUUACGCUUGGUAUACACGCCCGCUCAUGAACGAGAAGUUGCAAUGUACUCCCCCGGCUUCACGUACGAAGAGGACCACCGACGGACGCUGGAGCUGCGGGUGACGUCACCAGCCUUCUACAGCCGAUUCGCCCACUACGCUCAUGCCAAGGAAGCCUUUGAUAGGGAGUGUCUGACUACUGAUGAGAAGAAUCGGACUGUGUUCAUAACCUCGCCUGAACUACUACCGCUGCUGUUGUACGGCAUAAGGCAGCCUAGCGUGAAAGGCAAGGUCGGGAAACAGAACAUCAUUGAGCGGUCACGCUGGUCACUACUUCGACGUCUCAGGUGCCCGCCUCCGUUAGCAAGUUACCCUGGAGACUCCGACCACCACGUUUCCGAUAUACGAGCUUUCGGCGAUGCUGAACUGGACGUAUUUGUCAAGAGAGCUGCCCGGAUGCCCAGCCGCUACCGCCGCACCGUGACCAAACUUUUCCUUGCCUCUCGAAUUGCGCUCGGCUUAUCCGUCCUCGUUAUAGCACUCGACUGGCUUCUGCGAGCUGCAAUGAUCCUGGCCACUUUGUUGUUCUGCCGCCUCUCAACACCAUUCGAUGCCUUUCGGGCUAGCACUUUCGGCGCUCACGAAAUGUGGACCACUGAGGCUUUGCUGAUGCUGGCCAACGGUGUACAUCUUUGGAGCCUCCUCAAGGGGUGA